AUGGAAAGCGCCCUUCGAACGCAUACCCUUCCCCAAGCUCUCAGUUUACUCUACGACAUAUGCCAGGUGCCGUACAAAGCGAAGAGGACAUGGAAGACCCUGUUGGAAUACCUCGAAAAAUGCGAUGGCGAUGUACAGGAACGGAUACAUCGGGCCGCACAAGCGAAAAUCGGUUCCAAGCGAAAGGCGGUGGAUCCGAUCACCUCCGAUGCACGUGCCAAGAAACGCCCACGACUUCGAGACGGCCACGGACAGGAUCAAAUACCUGCACACCAAUCAGCAUCCAGAACUGUGCAAGAACUGGUGGACGGACCCUUUCUUGCGAUUGCGCCCGAGCACGUGCUUAAUGACUGCAUAGCAAAGUAUGGCCAAUCCUCUUACCUGGCCUCUUACCGAGAGGUACUGACAAGGGCACAGUUUUAUAGAUCAUACUGGCAAUGCAGCCAUGGCCAAAAAGACUUGUAUCGUGUGCGCGCGCGGCGUAUGUUCGCACGUUCAUUUCAUACCAUGGCCAUGGGUGAUAUACCCAAUAUUCACAUUUUACGACCUACCCAUCCUCAUCAUGGACAUUUCCUCGUCGACGGCGCGUUACUACACUCAACUGCUAAUCCCGACAGUCUUAACGACGUGUGCAAAUCAUGCCUAGGCAAUCUCACUAAGAGCACGCUACCGAAACUUGCACUCGCAAACAAUAUGUGGCUUGGCGACGUCCCAUUCGAACUUUCCAUAUUAACUCUUCCCGAACAGCUACUGGUCUCGCUAUAUUUUCCGGCAGCUUAUAUCAUCAAGAUCUACCCCAAAAACGUAAAACCUAGCCAAGACCCAGCAAAACGAGCAGAAGAAACAAUUCCAAUUGCCAACGAGAAGCUGAGAGGCAAUGUAUCCACGUUUAGGCUACCGACAAACGAAAUAGCACACAUGGUGGCCGGGAACAACGUGCCUCGACCCUCCCUCCUCCUAGCCGCCGUGAUAGGAGUGACUUUUGUGGGGGUCAACCCGAAGACAAUGAAUAUCAUGCCCGGGAUUUUCCGGGUACGCCGCCAACGCGUAUUCGACGCUGUGAUGUGGCUCAAAACGCACAACGCAAUCUAUGCUGAUGUGAUUAUCUCAGAGGAGAACUUACGAUCUCUUCCGGAAGAUGGCGUCCCUGAAGAGAUAUCUCAAAACAUAACAGUUUCGGACGACAUCGACGCCGUUGGUCGCGAACAUGCUGGAUAUGUACCCACCUCAACAGGCGACCACUCCGAUAACGAGGAGGACGGGCAACCAGACUUCACCCAAGACAAGGACACGGAAGACGACGAGAGUGAUAAUCUCUCGAUAGCGCACGAAAGUACGCAUAGCUCUGUCGAUAACAUGGAGGUUGAGCCCAUUGGCACUAUUCCAUUCUCAUCUCCGCUCGUGUCUACUUCUAAUCAACGAACAACGACUGACGAACCUCAAGUUUUCCCCCUCCAACCACAUGGAGUGCUAGAUGUUGGGGGCAACAAUAUCCCUGAGACGACGUUGUUUUCCCAUGCAGUGGAAAAUGUGGUGCCAGCUCUUUACGCCCAAGACUACGGCGUCCGAAAAGGCAAUGCGUUUGUUAACGAAUACGCAAGGGUGGAUGACAACCGGGAACGCUACGACGGGGGAACCAUUGACCCCAACCACUUGCUGGGAGCGUUUCCAAUUCUGUUUCCUUAUGGUUUAGGAGGCUUUGAGGUUGACCGCCAGCGCAAAGUGACAUAUGAAGAACAUGUGAAAUGGGCGCUCCAGUACGAAGACUUCAGGUUCCGAAAACACACCCUAUUCGCCUUCCAAGUGUUUGGCGUUCUACUCAAGAGGCAGAUUUGCCGCUCGGCCAGCCUGCAAAUUGACCAUAACCAAUUUCUUGCGAAUCAGACAGCGAUUAAGCAAUUGACCCCCAAAGAUCUUUUGCGUGCAAGCGAGGAAGAGUCAACAGGGCGAGCUAUCUCCAAUCCAACGAUCAGGCUGCUUCGCAAGCAUAUAACUACAGUGCGGGCUCGAGUGCAAGGGACGGAUGAAAAGGGGAUAUUUGGCAAGUUAAACGGCUAUAUUGGUACUGUCGAAGCUCAAGCCCGAGGAUCGUUGCAUUUACAUAUGCUUCUUUGGCUUCCCGAUGCCCCAACAUCCGCUAUGAUGCAAGAGGCGCUGAAAAGUGACGCGUUCAGGCAGAAGAUCAAGACUUUUAUACGCCACAAUAUCCGAUCAGACAUACGAGGCGUAAUGAUGCCCGCGGAGGCGCGAAAACGAGCGGCCAACAAGGUGUCAUACUCGCGACCCGUCGAUCCGCGCAAGGAGGGGUACCAGCAAAAAACCUCAGCGGUCGAGGACCACAACGCAGCAGCACUGCAGAGCCAUGAAUGUUCUAUUUACUAUUGCCUCAAGUCGACGAAAGGACGUGUCGCGUGUAAGCGCGGCUACCCAUGGCCCACGUAUCCUGAUGACUGGGUUGACGCAGACGGUCGAUGGGGAGCUAAAAGACGGUUCCCUUUUCUCAACCCAUGGAACCCGCCUAUUUUCAGUGUCACUCGUUCCAAUAUGGACAUCAAAUUGCUGACGAACGCUUGCGAGACAAAAGAUAUAGCCUUCUAUAUAACGUUAUAUAUUGCCAAGAAACAAGUCCAAGCAGCAAACGCGUCUGCAGUACUCGCCCGGAGCCGGGCCUUUGUCCGAGAUGAAGAUUCCACUACUCCAGUUCAAAAUGCAAACCGCCCUAACAAUACCCGUAUCAAGCGGAGGCGAAAUCCAAGCACUCAACCUUCGACUACUAGAGCAAUCGCAGAUUAUAACGCGGGCGCGUCCCAGGCCGGAACUAUUAUACUCGAAAACGGCGAAUUCACACUACAAGAUCAGCUGGGUCAAUACGCGGACAGGGGGGAAAAGCUGGAAGACAUGAACAUGUAUGAAUUCUUUCUGCGCACGUACCACGUGUCGUCUGCAAAAGGCACGUCAAGCGAGCAAGAUGCGGACGACACGGAAGAUGCGAACCGCAUCGGGAGACCCCCGAAUCAGCGGGUACCUUACACAGAUGCCUCGGGUCGCGCAGGUUUACGAGUAUUGCGAGGUACAAACCAAGAAACCGCGCUCCAUUUGGUCGGAAGAUGGCUACCUAAAGUUAACGACAUCAACCAAGAGAAUUAUGCGGCACAGGUUUUGCUACUGCUCAAGCCGUGGAGGACUUUAGACGAUCUCCAGGGCACCUACCACUCCUUCGCUGACGCCAAGACCGCAUUCUUGCAUACUGCUCCCCCAGAACACGGGCAAAUCGUUGAAAAUAUACAGUACUACCACGAUAGUUCGGCUCAAGCCCGUCAUUCGAAAGAUUCCACAGAAGACCCAGAGACAACUGAAGAUAUCGAACAUAACCAAGACACGCCUCAGGCUGCCGAGGAUUUCUCACUAUUCAACACUCUGUCCCAGGCAGACAUUGAAGAAGCGCGACGCACACAGAUUUCUGAAUUGGACCAAAAGUAUGGAUUGGACGGUUUGGCGGUGGCAGAACGGGCCGGUAUAUUCGCAAACCUAAGUCCAACUAACCCUGCUCAUCGCCUCCCGUUGGCUGUCAACGCAACUGAAGAGGAGAUGCUCGUUCUAAAAGACUGGGAAGCAAAGGAGUGA